AUGUCAACGUCCAAUUCACUUCCGUGCGACCACCCUCCAGUUCCAGCGCUUGGCAGCGCGGACCUGCAGAUGUUCUCCUACCUGCCUGGGCCCCUCGUAGAGCAGACCAGGGCCUUCUUCGAGGCUGAGGACCUCCUCCCCUCGCAGUUGGAAGCAAGGGACAACUUCAUAUUUCUCUUUGGCCUACAACAGGACGAGACAUAUACCGAGGUAACCACGCUCGAAGAGCUCGCUGAGCACCUCGACGCCUUCUUCUUCGCCGGCCUGCUCACUGGGGUUGGCGGCGGGAGGAGGAUCCUGCGGUGCCUCGAGCUCGAGCAGGACAUCUUUACAGCUGCCCCGCCGACGUGCGGCCACGGCUCAUACGGCGACGUGCAUACCUCCAUGCCUCUGGGCGAGUCGAGGCUCGAGGUGUGCCCUUCUGGAGAAUGGGCCAUCACCAUCUCGAUAAACCCGAACAACCAGGAUGGCCUGCCGGCCCCGCUGCACAGCCUCCUGGAGGCGCUCGUCCACGAGAUGGUGCGCAGCUUCUUGCAAAGUUUCAUCUGCUCCCGCGGGUCUUGUCAGGCCGAAAGGACGGUGGCGUUAGAUCCUACGCACUACCGGCCGCUGUUCGUCGAGUUGCUGGAUUCCAUCACGAGUGCUAUUCGGGAAUGGGACAAGGAUCUAGCUGCGUUCUACCUGUUGGAAGACUCUGCUAAUGUGUAG